AUGGAAAUAUACAAGAUUACUUCGCCCAAGGAAUGGUCAUAUUUUGCAAAUGGAUCAGCCAACAUUUUAUUCAAAUAUACUGGGACUAAUGACUAUUUGACUCACAAACUAUUACGACUACGUUUACUAAAAGAAGACGAAGAAUACAUCAGUACUUGUGAACUAUAUGACUUUAUCGAAUUGAAAUGCAAACACUUGUUUCCUAAACAAAUUAUUGACAUUCAGUUGAUUGUGUUGACAUCUGAAUUUGUCAGGGGAUUGGAUAGUAAUGGAUUCAAACUACAGUUGAAUGAACGAUAUGGUUUGUUAAUUCCAAAUAUAUUGGAUGGGAACUACACUAAAAUUGCCCUACUGAAACAUUGUCAGUUAUAUUUGGGUAGUGAUGAUAACUCUGACAUUGACUCGCCUAUUGCAAAACAACAACAACAACAACAGCAGCAGCAGCAGCAGCAGCAGCAGCAGCUAAAUCAGACUAAUUACAAGACUAAUGACUACUCUUCUUUGACACAAGGCAAUGGUAUGGAUUUUCAACAGUCUCACAUCAACAAUAAUAUCAUCCCCGAUGGUCGCCUGGCUAAUAAUAUCAAUACUGCCACCAAUGUUCCAUCGAGCUUGAAUAGUGACAUCAAUUCAAUAAUAUUUGAAAUCAAACCUAAAUGGCUAUACGACAAUAAAUCGUCAAACUAUUGUCGAACUUGUUCACUCAAUCAAUUACGCAAUGUUCCCAGACACUUUUGCCCUCUCGACUUGCUAUAUCCAACCACAGUUGACCAAGGACUUGAUGAUAUAUUUUCUAAAAUCCCCUCAGAUAUCAUUGAACUAAUUGAAAUCACAAACAACUUCCCAUUGAAGCAAUUAUUUCACAAAUUUUUGUCCAAUCCUGAUCACAACGUUUUUGCCAAAUUGAAGCAGUAUCAAAAGAUUAACAACAAAAAUGAUUUAAUUGAAAACUUGACCUCGUCCCUGGAUGUAUCACAAAACUUGUCAUUGGUUAUGACUUUGCGUGAUGUGGGUUUAUUUAUAAAAUUUGAAAAGUACGAUAAAAAUAAUGAUAUUCAUAAUUCCCACAACAACAUAAACAAUAUAAUUAUAUUACCACCACCAUCAGCAAAGCAGAUCAACGGGAAUACCCACUAUGGUUCACCAUCUAAGUUGGAAGCUUCACAUAAUAGUUACGAUCAGGAUCAAACUCAAACUGAAGAUUCAAUCAAAGGUUAUGAUGAAGAGGGACAAAAGUAUCUCGUUACAUGCAACAUAUACGACUUGGAUCUAAAGAGCAGGAUGAAAUACAAGUACUGGCUACAAGUUGAACAUGAGCUACAGGGAAUAUAUAAUCUGAAUAAUCCAAAUUGGAGGCACUGUUGUAAAUAUGGGAGUUUAGGGAAUGCUAAGUAG